CCUGCACUCCACACACGUGUCCCUUGUCUGCACUAUGCAGCGUCACCAGUCUGUCUCUGCCAUGGAUCCGCUCUGGCUGUGGGGCGUGAGGAAGCGUCUCGCCUGGCCUUCACCCAAGUUACUUCCGUGUGUCUUCCUUCUCUUUUUAUUCAUCUUCUACGUCAUCAUCUUUGGUCCACAGAUGCUGCGUGGAAUGGAAGAUUCGAGUUUCCACGACUUUGCUGCCCCGCUCAACGCAAACCACAGUAUCCGUGAUGCAGACAGAAAGCCAGACACCACACAGCACAACCCCAAACCGCCGCUCCCCGCCACUGUUCCUCCUCGACCCGGCCAACCCGUCGCUGCAGCUGCAUCUCCAGGCAAAGCUUAACGAUGACACUGGAGCAGUUUGUAGGUACGGUGGUGGUCGGUGUUGCCUCCAAUUAUUUAUAGUAUUUUCUGUCAUCAAGUGUUUAUUAAUGUAUUGUGUUCCGCAAUAAAACUUUAUCCAACGGG